GAGACGGCGAUAACUGUGCUGGACCCACCAGAACUUGCCAUUGUGGAGAGCGCCUUCACGGCGGAUGGCGUUGGUCAGAUUUCUCUUGUCGCCAAACAGUACGUCAAAGUUCAACGGAAGUCUGCUUCGGGUUGGUGCGAGGGGGAAAUCCAGGACAUCGGACUUCUAUUUAUUAUACCCGGCGGUGAAGCCUUUGGCAACCACGUGACUGGUUGUCCUCUGUAA